UGAGAACUUCCUAGGAAAGUUCGUUUGAGAAUCUUCACUGGGUUGCGAUAAAAAUUUGUUUACGUUUUUUCCUCAACAAAAAGCCCCAAAAGACGCCUUCUUUGUGAUUGGAAGUGAUCAGUUGAGCCCCCAGUGGACACAGGAAAAUCCCCUUUCUCACGCAACACUGACAGAGAGACUUCUGUGGCAUGAAUCUGGAGCAACAGCAUGAGAUGGUGAAGACGAGCCUCUUCCAAUUCGUCAAUUCACACAUUCCGGGUGCUGAUUUGAGUGUUGUGGAUGAGAUUGUGCUGUCGUAUGUGAUUUCAAUUCUCGAGGAAGCCUCCCAGGAUCCCUCGUUCGACGUUGAGGGCUUCAUUGAGAUGAUGUCGGCGUACAUAAGUGAUUUCUCACGCAUUGAUCCGGGUGUCAUUUGUACGUGGAUCUUCCAGCUGGAGAGUCAACUGAGUAAGCUCAAGCAGCAGGGCUCCCAAGCAAAGGAUCAUCCCCUUGAUCUCUCGCUCAAUUCCCUCAAUCUCGCUGACAUUCUCCCCGAAACGAAGCUCCGGGCACGGGCUCCAGUGGCGCCCGUUGUUCCCGAGGGGGGUAGCAUCAAGAGGGUGCAGCAUCUGUCGGAGACAAGUGAUGGUGGCUCCACUGAUAGCUCCAGCUGCGAUUUCUUCUCCGAGGAGUGUGAUGCGCUGCAGGAGAUGUUCCCCGAGAGUACGUAUCUGGAGGUGAAGCACUGCAUCACAAUUGCCAGUGGGGACAUUGAUCGUGCCACGCAGAUCCUCCUGCAUCGUCAGGAGUCAGGGCAGAGUCUCGUGGGGAAUGGCACGAAUAUUCCAGCACCAAAGAGUCAAUCAAUUGACGAUGCCGAGCUGAAGAAUCGCAUCAUUGCGCGGUACUCGUACGUGGAUAAGAGCUCCGAGAAUCGCGAGUACAAGCCCGUGGCACCAAAGGUGGAACCGAAGAAGCUUGUGCGGUAUCGCGACAACAAGAUUGUCUCCCUCAAGGGGGAGCGCUACACGGAGAUGAAGCCACUUAUGAGCAAGAAACCAUGACCACAGGAUACAGGAAAAUUUAUGUAAAACAUGUGUGUGUAUAUGUUUGUUCUCGAAAACAAAGAAGAUAGAAAGUUAAUAUUAAAAAAAAGUAAAAGAAAAAUCUCAACCUCUAAUGACCAUUGUGACGACAGUAUGGCCCUAAUAUAACAUUAAUUUAAGUUCCUUAAAAAAAACGUUCAUUAUCCCCUUUUGUCCCUCUCGACACAGAGAAAGGCAAGGAGAAGUAAAACAUUUUCUUUAGAUUUUAAGGAGAGAAGUGCACAUGAAUUUAUUUGCGUAAAAGUAGAGCGAUUUAAGGAGAGACUAGAUCCCAACUAAAAAGGGGGUUAGUAUUUAGAGAUGAAAAGAUGAAAACAACACAGUAAAUUAAUCGUAUUUCUUAAAUGUGUGUGUUUAAAAGCAAGAUUUAAAGGAAAUAAAUAAAAAAAAAGAUUUAAAGGAAAAUUAAUUAAAAAGAAAAAAAACAUAGAGUAUUGAAUGUAUUAAGUGACAUGAUGUAGGAAAUAUAAUUAUUAUAUUAUGUGAAACGAUGGAUAUUGAUGAUAUCUUAAUCAUGGAAAUACAGAUCAGUAAAACUGAAAA